GAUAACUGCUUGGAAACUUGAGAACUAUACACUUAUACACGGUUUGAAUGCUCGGUCUUAUUUCAUAAUUCAUAAGGUUUAAGUAGGGUUUAGGUUUUGCUUGGAAACCCAAAGACAUAUUCGAUCGUUCGAUCUCUUCGUCCUCCAUGAAAAGUAUCUAUCGAGCAUUUGCGGGAGUACUUUCUUCUCCUUCAACAAAGAAAUGGUUGCUUCACCCUAUUGUUGUUCAAUCGUCGGUUUACUCGACGACGUCAAUGAAGCAGAAAUCCACCAGAAAACCGAAGUCUGAACCAUCGACUUCUGAAUCGGAUCAUAAAGAGUUUUACACCGUCCCCAAACGCCCUGAGAAGGAGGAAACUAAUUGGCCCAGACCGAGCGAAAUACCCUGGCAGGCGAAGGUUGCCAAUUCGGUGAACCUGAUUGGCUCCGUCGCGAUGCCAGUUCAUUUUCAGGCGUCUCCCGAUGGCAAGUACUGGGCUGGGACUAUAAUCAAACAGGAGAAAACGUUGGAUCUUCCUUUCCUAUGGAUUCCUAUAAUCUUUGAAGGUGAUUUAGCGCAUACAGCUGCUUGCCACCUAAAGGAAAAUGAUCGUGUCUAUGUAGGUGGACAACUGAGUGCAGAUCCACCACCAUUCGCUAUGCAACAUGGUCAAGCAAAUGUCCAGGUGAUGGUACAGAGCAUAAAUUUUGUAUCUCGUAAAGGAAAGCUGAGCUACAGUUAUAAAAAGGAUGAACCGAGUAUUGGUUCUGCAGAGACAAAGGAUGAUAUUUCUGUUAAACAGUAUUGGGAUGAUCUUCUUGCAAAGCCUCAUGAGUGGUGGGACAUCAGAUUGAAUAAGAACAAUCCAACUGGUGCAGCAUUUGAACACAAAGAGAAUGGCCAAUUACUAUGCAUUGAUGAGUCUACUCCAGAAUCAAUUCAUCUUAGGCUCAAUCAUCUAACAUUUGAUCAUAAAAUUACACAGAAGUGGCAGAAAAGUGUCACAGAUCUUAAGACGAAAGAUGUGGAAACUGGAGAGAGUUGUUGGAGAGACCUUGUUGACAAUCCAAAUAAGUGGAGAGACUACCGGAAAUACAAGCUUGAUGGAUCGAUAAAUGCCAGGUAUCCUGAUUUCAAGCACAAGGAUAGUGGCCUGGCACUGUGGCUUGGCAGUGCACCAAAAUGGAUCUUGUCAAAACUUGAGGGACUGGAAUUUGAUAGCAAAAUUCAUAAGACAAAGCAAGGGGGUGAUAACAAAGAAGAGGAAUCCUGGAAGAAUUUGAUAGAGAACCCAGAAAAAUGGUGGGACAACAGAUUGGUUAAGCUCAAUAAGAAUGCUCCUGACUUCAAACACAAGGAAACCGGUAAAGGCUUAUGGCUUAAUAGCUCACCAGCUUGGGUACAUCCCAAGUUGCCCCCUGUAAAAAUUCCUGUCAGUAAGAAGGAUACGCUACUGUCCUGAGCUUCAGAAUUAAACAAUUCUUUUUUCAAGGCUAUCCUACCGGGCAAAGGAAGCCAGCUUUCGUAGAAUUCCAAUUGGAAGUUUGGAAAUAUCGCACUGGAUCUCACGAUGGGUUGGCUUGGAUCGGAAUAUCGGAUGUGUUUUUAUUCAUUAUUAUUUUUUUUUCGUAUACAGUGGGUAGACUUGCAGUUCUGGAAGACCUCUAUGUCCUAAAAACUAACUCUUACAUUUCUUAUUAGAUAUCAAGUAUUCAAGUGAAAGUUAAAAAUGGGUAUGCUUAGUCGUAAUUGAUAUUAGCUCCAGUGUUGCUAGAUCAAGGAAACUCCGACGGUUCAAAUGGAAGAAUCCCCGUUUUUUA